UUUGUGUUCCAGUGAAGCAGCAGCAGCAGCAACGGCAAAAGCGGAGACAGUAAGGUGUUAGUCGUAUUAUUAUUAAAACAGGUGAAAACUAGAGUGAAAAUGUCGCAGCCAGAUAGCGUGGAAAGUAAGCAAACUGCGCCCAAGGAAUACAGAGAUUGCAGCGGUCAACUGCCACAUGCCACACCCGUAGAGGUGGAGGACAUGGGUACUCUUCCGCUUAACAAGUUAAUACGCAAGGCUAAAAUAGCCCAGAAAAUGCUGGAGGAUGUGAUGAAGCAACUUCAGAACCAACAGGCCAGUCCGGAAUCUCAACGGGAUGGACAGCACAGGAGGGAAAUCAAGUCGAAGCACCGACAUUCUGCAGGAGGUAAACGACACAAGGGUCAUCAUCCUGCCACUCUUUCGUCUUCCAACAGCUCCAACAGCGAUGGCAGUGCCAGCGAUUGCGAGCUCAUUGCUGUGGCGAAGGAGAGGACUUCCAGACGGAGACACAUUCGUGACGAUCGCAAGCGGGAUCGUUCCCGCUCCCGUGGUCGCUCCCGUGGUCACUCUCGUGGCCGAUCCCACGGCCGUUCUCGUUCCAGGUCUUACACAAAUCCUCGACGACCCACUGCCUUGCCCUUGGCGUUGCCCGUUCGGAUUUCAGUGUGAGUAGCACCUGGUUUGAUAAAUCUCUUAUUACCCAUUAUUUAUCAACAAAAAUACAAAAAUAAGCAAUAAAAAUU